AAGUGUAACGUUGUGUAUGAAUUGGACAUCCAUUUGAUUUGUUAUUGUUUUGUCUCACAAAUCUUGCGGUACUUGAAAUAUAGGCCAUCCUUUUUGGCCAUAAUUUACCGAAAAAUACAUAUUUUUAAUCAGUUGAAGACAACACUUUGAGGAUAUGUUACCGACCAAAGUGUUAAUUAAUUUGUCACAACAUUACCGAAGUGGCCUCAAGUCGGCUCUCGUCGGCACGACAUGUGUUUUGCGACAAUAUUGGCCACAAUGGCUGCAACAGAACCGCGGUAUGGCGGCCGCACCAACAGCUACUGGCGCGCAACCAAUUGGUAAACGACGGUUUCGAUUACCGGUCGAAAAAGACGCGGACAAACUGGUGACACAUUGUUGUGGCGCUAAUUAUUUUAAAGACGGCGAAGAGAUCAAACUGAAGGCUGACGAAGAAUAUCCCGAUUGGAUUUGGCAGUUAAGACUUAAUUAUCCGCCAAACAUACAUGAAUUGGARCCAAAUACCAAAGAAUAUUGGGAACGACUGGCGAUUGUUGGCCAACAACGCGAAUGGAGACAACGUCGGGUAUCGAGACAGAGGUUUAAGAUAGUGUCCGAACGACUGAUUCAAUCGGAAAAAUUGAGAUAUCGAAGACGUUUCAGAGCACUGACCUGGAAGUACUUCGAUGCCGGCUAUGAUGUCAUCGAACACUCAGAACGGGAGGACCACUGGAAUAUGGAGCUCAAGGAUAGGUUCAGAGAACCCGAUGAAAAGGAAACAUUUUAUCCGGGAAUCGAUUCCGUGACCAUUCCUCACGAAGUAUCAGCCAAUCGGUUAGCAGUAAGAGAUCCCAAUACAUAUCAAAAGGCCGGACAUUUUGGUCAUUAAUUUUAGUUUUUACCGGUAAUGUUGUUUCAAUUAUAUUAAAAUAUAAGAAGUUAUUAUCAAUCAAAUAUUAUAAAUAAAUAUUUAAUAAUUUAUAUAUCAAUA